AUGCCAGCUAUAGAACGGCCAGGUCAACUACCAGCUACAACACAUGCCGAGAAGUGCAAGGCUCUACGCGAUAAGCUAUACCAACCACCCCCUGCAUUACCAGAUGAGUACCCAAUUAACAUCACAGAUACACUACCAGGUGAUCUCCCCUACCAGGAAGUCACAGAGACAGAAGUGGCUGAGGCAAUAAAAGAUACAUCCAACACCUCGGCACCAGGCUUCUCACAACAGUCAUACCGUCAGGUGAAGUGGGCCUUCCAGUCGCAACGUAACGUUAUGACAGCACUUUAUAGGCAAUGUCUUCGUGCAGGAUAUCACCCACGGGCUUGGCGCAAAGCAAUUGUGGUCGCACUCAGAAAACCAAGAAAGCCAGAUUACUCAAAACCAAGAGCUUACCGUCUCAUUACCCUCCUGGAGUGUCUGGGGAAGGUUUUGGAGAAGAUAGUAGCCCGACGGUUACAGUACAUGGCAUCGGCACAUAACCUG